UCGCUGGGAUUACCAGGCCUGCGUCACCAGGCCUGGUAUUUUAGUUUCGAUCCUAUGUGUUGAUUUUUCAGAUUCAUUCUGAAUUUAUGUUUUUGCUUUCCUAGUAUCUAUCCAAGAGAGUAGGAAUUCAAUUACCUUAGAGGUACCCUAACAUUUUACAAAGUUUUAUAGGGGCACAUGGGAAGAAUGAUCUAAAAUACCCUUCUGGAGUAAACACACCUGACAAUUUUAAUGCACAUACCUUAUAGGUGGCAGUUGGUUGAGAAGAGUUCCUGAUCCCAGACUUGGGCAGCAAAGUUCACACUUCCUGCCAGAAUCAAAGUGCCAGAUGUGCAGGGUGAGGAAGGGAUGGUUUAGGCCUCAACGCUGGCAACGGUCAAGAUCACACUGGAGGCUGACUCUUUAUUAUAUAUGCUGACGUCACUUUUAAGUGUCUGUGAGAGUGAGUCUAAGUGAUCCUAAAAGAGGAUCACAGUUCCUUGAGUGGCCUUCAUGCCUUAAUGCCAAGCCCCUGACCCCGUGGAGAAAAGCUGACUCUUCUUUCUGUUCUGGCCUAGUCUGGGCCCAUUCUCCUCUUGCUUUGCACAAGAGGGUCGCUCCAAGUGAAAACAGCCUGGAACUCCUUGCCCACGCGGUGCCAAUCUUCUUUCUGGGAUAGGAACAAAUUCUUACAUGCCAACAGGUUAGGGCUGAGGUGUGGCUCAGGGGUGGAGCGCCUGCUUAAGGGGCCGAAGCUCAGGGUUCCUUCCUUGCCCCACGGGGGUGGGAAGAGACUGGCGGUGACCGCUGGGAACGUAGGCAGGCAGCUCGGUCACGAGAGGUUCGCCUACUACGUCACUUAGGCCGAAGGGGCGUGGCCUUAGUAAUUGUCCAAUCAGACGCGCCUCUGGGAGGGGCGGGGAGUCGCUACGCAACGUCGCCCCGGCUUUGGUCCUUAGUCUGUCGGCGCUUGUGAAGGGUCUUUCCGGCCAGUCUCCACCUUAGGUUCCUCUGCCGGCAGCCUCCACCCGCAGUAACCUGGUGACCUGGGGCUCCGGUAGCCGUGGGAAGACGUCGGUCAGGACGCCCCGGAAGCCGGAAAUGGGAUUGAACUCAAGUUGGUCUACUACUUAGCCAACAUUACAGAAAUCCCUGACUCUCUGCAGUCAGCAACCUGUAAAUAUUCUGCUGUCACAGAGCUGGUUGGUUCCGUCCGUUCACUGCCCACUGCAGCAGCCUUCUAGCUGCAGUUUGCCCUUGUCUUUGGAGCGGUGUGGAACACCUUUACCCAGUUGCCCUCAGGAACCUCAGAGCCUUGUCAUCACAGUCUCUUCAGGAAAGGUGUGAACUGCACUGACCUUUCUCCAGGAACACAGGCUGAUGUUAUGUUAAAGUCAUGAAGUCAUCCUUUUCUGGGAACACCCAUUUGGCAUUCAUUGAGAGCAUACAAAUACUGAAAAAAAAAUGAACUCAGAAAAAGUGGGCCAUUGCCUCAUAUAAUACCAGGGCCCUAAUACCCCGGUUAAAUUCUUGAAAACAGGGCCUGACAUGAGUAGCCAUUGACCCUGUCAGCACCCACAACAUUUUCUGGAGUUUUGGAUGUUCUGGAGGCAGUGUGUUCCGAGUGCAGGGAUUUUGUGUCACACUGCUUUCAUACUCCAACCUUCACUCUGCCAAAUAACUCCCUGCUCAGUAAAAUGGGACAGAGAGUAAAUGGAAACACUGAGUCUGUAUUAAAUUAAUUCUUGUGCAGAGGAAUAUUAUUUAUUCAGAAGACAAUCUUGCUGUGUGACUCAGGCUGGUCUCAAACUCAGAAUUCUCUCUCCUCAGCCUCUGUGAAGGAAUUAAUCUAUCUUAUCUGUCGAGCUAUCUGUCUGACUUUCGGUACUGGGGAUUGAUCUUAGGGGCACUUAACCACUGAGCUACAUCCCCAGCCCAUUUUUGUAUUUUAUUUAGAGACAGGGUCUCACUGAGUUGCUUAGGGCCUUGCUAAAUUGCUGAGGCUGACUUUGAACUCAAAAUCCUCCUUCCUCAUCUUGCCAAGUCACUGGGAUUACAGGCAUGCAUCAUGGUGCCCAGCUGGACGAGUGUUUUUAUUGAGCUAGUCACAUCUGACUGACUGACAGCCUGGAGUCCUUUAGGAAAGUAUGUUCAGCUGGACCUGGCUACAAGUUGGGUUUCAACAGGCUUUUGGGCCCCUCAUGUUUGGUGACAGGAAAAGAAGAAAAAACUUCCACUUCAUUGUAUAUUCAUUAAAGGCAGAAGACAUGACCCUGGUCAUCACUGCAGUGCUGUGCAAUAUGGACUCAGUGACCUUUGAGGAUGUGGUUGUGAACUUCACCGUGGAGGAAUGGGCUAUGCUGGAUCAUGCCCAGCGGGAACUCUACAGAGAUGUUGUGGGGGAAAUCUUUAUGAACUUGACCUCUAUAGGGGAAAAAUGGGACCAGAACAUUGAAGAUUGGUACAGAAAUCAGGGGAGAAAUUUAAGCCAUCAUAUUAUAGAGAGACUCAGUGAAAAUGGAGAAAGUAGUCAAUGUGGAGAAAUCUUCACCCAGAUUCCAGAUCGUAAUCUGAACAAGAAAAUUCCAACUGGAGUAAAAUCAUAUGAAUGUAGUGUGUGUGGAAUAGUCUUCAUGCCUCAUGCAUCCCUUAAUAGUCCCAUCAGAUCUCACACUGGACAGGAAGUAUAUGAGUAUCAGGAAUAUGAAGGAAAGCCAUAUAAAUGUAAGCAAUGUGAGAAAACCUCAAGUUACUGCUACUCUUUCCAAAUUGAUGACAGCAGUCAUAUUGGAGAAAAACCUUACGCAUCUCAGGAGCCUGAGAAAACCUUCAUUUCCCUCAGCAACCUUGGCGGGUAUAUGCUAACACAUGCUGGAGGUGGACCGCAUAAAUGCAACAUGUGUGGAAAAGGCUUUCAGUAUCCCAGUUCACUUAGAGUACACGAGAGGACUCACACUGGAGAGAAGCCGUAUCAGUGUAAGCAGUGUGGGAAGGCCUUCAGCUGUUUGGCUUCAGUUCGAAGACAUCAAAGAACUCACACUGGAGAGAAACCCUAUAAAUGUAAGGAGUGUGGGAAAACUUUUAGUUCACUCUCAGGCCUUCAAGGACACAUGAUAAGGCACACUGGAGGUGGACCUUAUAAAUGUAAGGAAUGUGGAAAAGCCUUUAACUCUCCCAGUGCACUUAGAAAACAUGAAAGAACUCACACUGGAGAGAAACCUUAUCCAUGUAAACAUUGUGGCAAGGCCUUCAUUUGUUCAACUUCAGUUCGAAAACAUGAAAGGAGUCACACAGGAGAGAAACCCUAUGAAUGUAAGCAGUGUGGGAAAGCCUACAUUUCUCUUUCAGGGCUUCAAGGACACAUGAUAAGGCACACUGGAGUUGGACCUUAUAAAUGUAAAUUUUGUGGGAAAGCCUUUGGCUUUCCCAGUGCAGUUCUAAGGCAUGAAAGUGCGCACGUUGUGUAGAAUUCUGUGACUAAAGAGUAUGGGAAAGCCUUCAUUUCUUCAGGUAUUUGAGGACAAAUAAUCACACACACUGUAGACUGACAGUAUAAAUGUAAGGUGUCCAAGAAAACCUUUUAUUGUCCUAGUUCAUUUCAAAUACAGAAAAGAAUUUGCAUUGGAGAGAAACCCUGUGAAUGCAAUGAAUGUGGACUGGCCUUAGACCAUCAAAAGCUUUUUUGGAAUGCAUGAAAGGGCUCAUGCUGGAGAAAACCUAUGAAUAAAAAGCAAAGUGAAACCUUCAGUUUUCUAGUUCCUUUGGAAACAUGGCAAAAAGCCCUAGGAAGGUAAAAAAUGUGAUAAAGUCCUGGCAAAAAGCCCUAGGAAGGUAAAAAAUGUGAUAAAGUCCUUAGUUUCACUUUCUGAUACAGAUAAGAGCUCAUACUAGAAAGCAACCUUAUGAAUGUAAUAAAUGUGGGAAAGCAUUCUUAUUUCUCACUUUCACAUUUAUAGGAGAGAGAAACCAUGUGGGAAAACUUUUAUUCAUCACAUAAAACUUGAGCAUACAAGAGAAUGCAUAAUGGUGAGAUACCUUAUGAAUGUCAGGGUAUUAGAAUCCCUCCAUCCUUCUAGUUUAGUUCAAAGGCAUAUGUAAAUGUUGUAGAAAAGCCUCCAGUGAUCCCACAUUCUGACCAAAAUAUAUAAGAAUACAGAGUGAAUUCAAACUGAACAGAGGUAGUAUUUUCAGUAUGAAUCCAAAGGUUAUCUGAUUCUUUGAAAACAAAAUUUUUCCCUUUUAGGUUCUUUACAUUGAGAUAAUAGUGUAUUGAAAGAGAAUAUUUAAAAGUAAUAUUAAAUAUUUGAAAAAUAUACACAGUGAAUUGAAAUCCUAAUUUUUAAAACCACAGAAAAGUUUUCAAUUUAGCAAAUAUUUUGAGUCCUGUGAAAAGUCACACUGUAGGGAAAUUCUAUAAAUAUAAUAUGGAAAGCUCUAGUGGAAGUUAGUUUUGUGUGUAAUGCUGAAGAAAAUCCCCAGCACAGAAAAAUUAUAUAAAAUUGUAAAGGCAUUUAUCAUUUUAUCACUUUCCCACAUUUAUCAUUAAAGUGAAUCUGUAGACCAUGGACUUUUCCUUUCGCAGAUUAGCACUGGGGUGAGAGCAUUCUGUAAGUACCCAGUAAAUAAUUUAAUAGUAGUGUUUUUAUUUUUAAGUCAGCUAAUAAAUGUUUUCUUUUUCCAUUUGAA